AUAAUACGAAGAACAGGGGAAUGAGGGCAUGAGGGGCAACCCGCCAAGUAAACCCAACACCUCUUUCAGACCAGGGUCAGACCUGCUCAAAGCAUGGCUUCUACUAGGCUAGGUGCAAACUGGGAAUUUGUUGGUGCACCCGUUGGGGUGUGUGUUUUCAAGUUGGUCAACCAGCCCUGAGAGAAAUCCACUCCAGGACCGGAUCUCAAAGGGCAUAGCGCUUCCAAAACGGAAGCCCCCCAAGGACUUGCUUGGAAGACUGCGGGGUAAGAGCUGGCUCCUCCGAUAUUUUUGCUGGUGGCAACGCUACAUUAACAUUGGAAGCGGCAGGUUGCGGAACUGGCCCUUGGAUUGGAUGCUCAGGUUCACCAUUGAUGUUGAAGUCAAAUGCUCCCUACUAAAGUCCCUGGGAUGUGUGACUUGCACACAUGCUCGAACUCUAGGUUCAAACCCACAAAAGCCCAGGCAACAAGGUGACCUGCAGGCUACCCACGUGUUGCGAGUAUUAUCACGCCCUUGCCGGUUCUGUGUUUGUCCCGUUGGGCCGGGUGCGACCUGGGAUUUACUUGCUGUGGAGCGUUUUAUGUCUGCGCCGUCUGGGCCGGGUGAAACUGGGAAUUAGUUGGUGCGGGCUCGUUCUGUGUUUGUUCCGUUGGGCCGGGUGCGACCUGGGAUUCAGUUGCUGUAGUUGGUCUUGGCCUCUUUGGCCCAGGUGCGAGUGUAGAUUUGGGCCAGCAACCAUACACUUUACAGCCUUCAGAUUGAAACGAUUAGUGUAGCGCUCCCAAAACGGAAGCCCUCUACCUAACGUCUUGUUUGGAUCUGGUGGAUGGACAACACAGAAGCCGAGGCCAGCCGGCCCAAAGAACACCGUCUGAGCCGGGUCUGAAGGACAAGCCCUUCGCAGUGAUUUUACCGGGUUUUCUGGGAAGUAGUGAAGAUUUCGAGGAUUUGGCCAGGGAUCUCAGACGUGCUGGUUACGGAGCUGCAGUCGCUCCAAUCAGUUGGUGGCAUUGGAUUCCGUGUGUUGGAGGCCGCAGCAUGCGGCCCAUUCUGGAACGCAUCGAUUUCGCCGUGAAUCAGGUUUUAGAGGACUUGAACACCACCUCCAUCUCACCUCCAAGUUAUACCCUUCAGGACUUUUUGGUGGACUUCCUCACCAAUCCCGGUGGUAUUUUGAAGGUGGGCGGCACAGAUGAUCCGGCCGACUACCCCGCCCUAACGCCCCGGGGUGACGACUUCGCUUCACCCGCUUCACCGGGCUCCGGUCGCCGCGUGGCCUUGGUGGCUCAUUCGGCCGCUGGAUGGAUCUCCCGCGUGUACUUGUCGGGCGUGAACUACGGCGGACGAAGCUUCAAAGGUUCCAAAAAGGUUCAUAGCUUGGUGUGUUUGGGUUCGCCUCAUUUCGUGGCGGAGAACUUGGUCUUUAAGAGCCUGCAAUAUUUGGAGCGCGAAGAAGGAAGUGCCUUACCUGCCAGGGUCCGGUGUUUAUGUGUGGGAGCCAAAGGGGCCGUGCUUUCCAAGGCCUCAGAUAUGACCCGUGGUGCCUAUGAGCUUUGUGGUGCCAUGCCCGGGGACGAUGACGUGGAUGGAGACGGAAUGACUCCGCUUUUCUCAGCCAUUGCUUUGGACUCCGCCGAUAAAAUGGUCUUGGAGAACGUCAGUCAUGCGCCUGUAUAUCCUGCGUUUGGGCCAAGCGCGAAGCUUGCAGAGGAACGUUUGACCAAACCUUGGUACGGAAGCCCCGAAAUUUUGAAGAAAUGGUUUCCUUGGUUGAAAGCAUCAACAAUGGAUUGACC